GUUCAGAGCCAUUCGCUGAUCUUUAAACAUUGGACACCACAUUAGGCAGGCUAACGAGUGCAUUUUGUUUAACUAUUCAUUAUUAUACCUACACAGUUUAUUCAUUUAAAAAAUUUGCUGCAAGUAAAAUUCCUAUUUUUCUGAAAUAGCAUACUCUGCUUACUGGCUUACUAUUAUUUAAUUUUAAAUUAUUAAUAAUUAACAUUUUAACUCUCAUUCAUUAUAAUUAAUAAUGAUAAUAAUAUGAAUAUCAUAAUAUGCCUACGCCUACUUAAGAUGAGUAAAGUCUUAAGCAUUAGUUGAUUUGGAUUUUGGGAGUUCCACGGUCCACAGCUAGCUAGUGUUGUUUUCUUUGACUUUUUAAAGUUUGUAAUAACUCAGUGAGUCAUAAUUAAUAAUAACUGAAUUUGUAAUUAAACUUUUACAUUUAUUAGAAGUAUUAUAGAAUGGGAACUGCUAUAACUUAAGGCUUAGGCUUAGGGAAAGUAAGGCUUAAAAUUUUAAAGGAAAUGGUUGACAAUUUUUUUUAAUCUGGUAGUUUUUGUCAUCGAAGUGUCUACACGUCCGGCGCGCCUGACAAAUAGUGCGAAAGAUAUACGUCUGGCGCCAUGUCACGUGACCGUCGGACGUCUAAUAUGAUUUGAGGAUCAAUACCGGGGAUAGGAUCGUUUUUUUUUCUUCCCAUUUUAAUUACAAAUAUUUUAUACUAUAUUCAUAUUAUCAUGUUCAUCAGCAACAGUGGUUUCAUGAGAAGUUUUUAAAUAUUUUGUAGCAAUUUAAACAAUUUAAAAUGACAUCUUUUACUUUUAUUGGUUGCCUACUCCACACCUAAUUUAUUUUAUGGAUUACUGGUACACAAACUCAAAUAACAAACAAAACAAAAAUGUUUACAAGCCACUUUCACUUAAGUUUUUUUCUAUUAUUUGCAUUCAAGAUACUCAGUACAUCAGAAAUAGAUUUUAAAAUUAAUAAUAGUUUUGAAUCAUUCGCUGUCAUGACAAGGCUGACCGACAAGAUAUCUCUCGCCACUUUGUUACGGCGGUCAUGUGACUUGGUUGCCGGACAAAUAGUGCGGGAGAUAUACGUCCGGCGCGCUGGACGUGUAGACACUGCCUUUUAUCAUUUGCUAGUUUUAGCUCCUUUCUACAUCCGGAUGAAUUUUUUGGUGAGCAUCCAUAAUUAUAUUUGAUAUGGGCAAUGGGGAUAGGGGGUGGGGGUGGUAUUGACUGAGGAGUGUAAGGGUGUGCAUGGGAGAGGCUAAGGGAUAAGUCAAGUAUCUAAAUAUUUUAAUAAGACUGCCACUUUCCUUAUGAAUGAUAUGGUGAAUAUAGUCAGAUUGUUGCUUUGUUUAUCACAAUGAACUCACAACAUUAAUGUUUAGCACGUCCAAAUGACAAAUUUAGUCAAAAUUCGCUUUAAUUUGCUUUGGUGCUGUGUGAUGUAAGUUUGUGAAAUAAUUAUGUCGUUAUUCUAAUGAUUUGCGAUUUCGAAAAUGGAGAAAGACUGGAAAGAGGAUUUUUCAUUUCUAUUUAUGCAUUCUCAUCUUAUCCACACAGCAGCAGUAGAUCUGACAGAUUUAUAAGUUAUAAGAUUUAGUAAGUGGUAUUUGAAAAUUAUUUUUAGAAGUCACUAAGCAUCUGUAAAAUUUUAAUAUCCCAGUUUGGUUCAAGCAUUCCUCUUCCCUUCAAAAGCUUUUUAUGGAAUAAGAAGACACAGGGCAGGAAGUUUACAACCAAAACACAAAGUACAUGACUAUGACUACGUCAAUAGAACAGAGGGAUUAAACAAUUGAAAUUAGAAACCAUCCUUUUGAAAAUAUGUAGUAUCCUUAAUAAAUGAAAUAAAAGAAGUGACUUACUAAAUGACAUUAAAGAAAGAAUAUUGGGCAGAAGCAGGGCAUACUUGGGUAGGCACAACAUACUCACAAGUAAAAAAACAAAAAAAAAACUAAAUACAUAUAAAAAUUUAAUUAGACCUGCAGUAACAUACUAAUACUAAGUUUUAAAACUUGGAUCCUAAUAAAAACAGAAGAAAAUCUAUUAAACACAUGGGAGAGAAAAGUUAUCCAGAAAAUAUAUUGACCAACAAAAAAUGGCUGGAGAAUACAAACCAACCAGAAAUUGUUUGACCUAUAAGGAUCCCUGGCAAGUAGCAUAAAUAAAAAUGGACAGGAUUAGCUGGGCGGGACACUGAGAAAGAAUGCCAAGUGACAGAUGAGUGAAGAGAGUGCACCACCAAAAUCCUAUAGGAAAACUGCUCAAAGGCAGACCUAGGAUAGACGAUGUGGGAAAAGAUCUACAGCUGAUGGGAAUCUGAGUAUGGAAAAUAAAAAGCAUUGGUCAGGUCUGAGUAGAACUAGUAGAAGGAAAUGGUGAGGCAUGCCAAAGUGCCACAGGGAUUGAUGGAAACAAGAAAGAUUCUUAAGUAGUAGAAAAAUUAGUAUUUUAUUGCCUUGUUUGGCUCUUUAUGAAAUAUCCUUGUGAAUUCUUGGUGGAUGUGAAUGAUGACACAAGUUUAAUUUCAAGUUGAUUAAUUUUCAAUCCAAAUGUAAUCGAAAAUAAAUAAGGUUUUCUUAAAAAUGUCAUUGCAGAUGGCGCAUUUCAAUUUCGCAAAGGAUAUAAGUGAAGUUGUAAAGAUGGAUGGACCGAUGCAAGGUGGUCCUUUGAUGAGAUGGCAGAGAAAAGCUCAGGAAACACUGUUACGAGUGCACCCUAAUGAUAAUGGUUUGAACUUAAUUUGUUGCUGUUUUAUAGUAUAAUUUCAACUUACUUAAACUUGGCAGUGACAUUAAAUAUUCAUUUUAUGUUUUGGAAAAUUAAGAUUUUUUUCUCCUCUUAAUUCCAAACAAAUGCAUCCAUCUAAUCUAGGGGUGUCAAACUUGGAAGGCCAAAAAUCAAAUCACAUGUAAUGUUGCGGGCCGAACAGGAUAAACAUUGAAUAUUAAUAUUUGUUUAAAAACAUUAAUAUAAAUGAAAAAAGAAAAAGUUUUUAUAAUUAAAAAUCAUUGGCAUACCCAUUUUCGUUCUUAUGCCAGUUUGUCAGAGCUGGAUGUUUGGCACAUUGUCUUGGCUACAAAAACAAGUAAGUUUGUUUAUGUUGGGAGUAACGAUCUGUGUUAUUGAGAUUCUCAUGAUGGACUGAAAGUGUUCAUUGGUAAGACAACUCCUGUGAGAUGUUUUGUUACUCUUCAUCACGGAAAACAAUUGCUCUCACAUAUAUGUGCUACCCAUCAUGCUCAAGGUUCGAGCCAAAUGUAGAUGAAGCUGGGGCAUCUCUUCAGGAAUGAAACGAGUUAACUGUGAAGGCCCAAGUGUGUCGCACUUCGCCUUUAGUGCUCCAUUACGCUACAGCUCUAUUAGCUCCAUCUGCAAAUUUUUACAGGUGCAGUUUCCACGUCUGUGACAAAUGGAUUACGAAACAGCUCAAAAUUACAUUUCUGUGCUUCAAAGACAUUAAAGCAUCGUGCGAAGUAAGCUAAGUUUUUCAGCAAAGUGUGCAUUGGGAAACACCAAUGCGUUGACUUGCAUAUAAUUGUACGGCGGGCUGGAUGUGGCUUUCUUGCCUUGAGUUUGAUACAUGCUAUCUAAACAGUUGAUUCUUUUUUGUACUGUAAUUUCUAAUGAAUGUUAUAUGCAAUACUUUUCUCUUUGGCUUUUGCUAGGUGUGUCUACCCCACUGAAAUCCAAAACAAGAACCCCUGGAAAAACUGUACCCAGUCAAGCUUGCCCAGCUGGGUCCAAUCCAAAAACACCAAAAACACCUGGAGGCUGUAAAACACCAGGAGGAAAGAAUGGGGAAAUUUUGAGCAAUGGCAGUCGCAGUGGGAUUAAAUCCAAGACACCUGGGAAUAAGACACCUGGAAGACAACAAGACAGGUAUAGUCUUAUGAUGGCAAAGCCAAACUAAUUUUAAUUACGGAGAUGUUUUUACAACUGGUUUCUAUAAAGAAAAUAACACAUUUUUUUUCCAGAUUUAUUCCUAGCCGGUCCACAACAGACAUUGAGUUUGGCCACUAUGCUGUGAUGAGAAGAACUGAUGAAGACCCAGAGGGUGCUCCUUCUGAGGCAGGCAACAUCAACACUGAGUAUCAGGAACAGUUGAAAGAGGCAAUGGAGGUCAAAGAUUGCAAGAUUCUUAAUUUUAGAGGGAAAGCUCCACAAACAAGUAGUGAGUAGAAAUUAACUUGACAGCAUUGAAAGACAAAGUUGUUUCUUUCGUUCUAUUUUAAGGCAAUUUAAACUGAGCUGAUCCAAGUUUAUGUUAAAAAAAUAUAAUAUGGCCCAGUUGCAGACCUCGUCACUCUUACAAUUUUGCCAUACACUGUUCGAUUUUGAGAUGUAUUUUAUGAUUGUAUGCAGAAACUUGACAGGACUAAGAUUUUUAAUAGGCUGGGUUGAAAAGAAUUUUAUACCGAUAUUUUUUCAAAUUAAGAACAAAACAAAAGAAAAAAACUGAGCAUAUCUCAACUUGAUGGUCUGGAGUUCAAUUCCAACCAGAGCCUAGUCAAGCAAAAACACCACCAGCACCCCGGGUGCAACUCAUCUAAGAGAUGGAAACUCUGAAAUCAAACCCUAAGAUGGAGUCCCGAAAGGCGGAUAACAUUGAUACAACUCCUGCGACGUCACUGGUGCCAAGCUGUAUCAUCCAAUGAUGUUCCCUUGGGUUAUCCAGCGGCGUGGAGAGAGGUGAUUUGCUGCUGGGAAUCCUUGAAGAAUAAUCCCAGGCCAUGUGGAUUUCGUCCUCCGACGGGCGGAUGCCAGCAUAUACGUCCCUUCUUUUGUGAUUGCAUUUUUCAUUCAGUGUACCAGUCUCUAUAUUGACUUUAAAAAAAAUAAAAUAGAUAUAAAUAAGUAAUCUUAAAUAAAAACUUUAAAACUAUUUUAUUACAGCUUGGUAAAAGGAACCUAAUUUUCCACAAGCAUUUCUUCAGUUUUUCUCUGAUUAAGUGUAGAAUGAUGCAAAACUAAUUGGAUGCCUGCAGAACAAUCAUCAGUAAAAUAUAUUUUUUUACUUCCAGAGCCCAACCUGAACAGUUUGCAUGUCUUGUACAGUUGCGGCAAAGUUGGUUCCAAACAGUCAACCAGUUCCAGAGUCAUUCCAAAGGAACCAGAGAGGAUCCUGGAUGCUCCUGACUUGCUUGAUGAUUACUGUAAGUGUGCCCUGCUGUAACCUGGGGGGAGGGGGGCCUCGUCUUCUUCACAGAUGUGCUGCAAAAGAUUACUGGGUUAUCGGCGGUUGCUGUGAUAAAAACUAUCUGUCAAAAAUCAAUAUAAAGUAGGAAAUGGAGGCUUGAUUUAGAGAUUUUAGAGCGCUUUUUAUGCUUCGGAAACUGCUCAUUUAUGCAUUGGUUUGAAUUACAAAUGCAGACCUGUAUACUCUUAACAAUUUUGGCAUACAAUGCAUGAUUUUGAGAUUUCUUGUGCGGUUUUAUGUCAAGACCUGUCAGAACUAGGAUUUUUAGAGACAGAGUUGAAAAUAUAUACAUUUAGUAGGCUUUUCCAAUUUAAUAAAAAAUUAUUUAAAAAAUACAUAUUUAGUUGUUACUUUUAACUUGCAUUUGCAUUUUACAUUCGGCAGUGAAUGGAUUGAGAAAUACAAUUGGUCAGGGGUUAACACACACAUUUUCUUAAUGAAAGUGGUGAUUGUCAUAUUGAUGUUUUGUAUUUUCAUUAUGAACUUGCUAAAUACUGCAACAGUAUUAUUAGCGUAGUCAUCCUAGUGACAAUUUUAGUAAAUCCGGGGCCAUCCAUAUGUCUGUUUUUUAUUACGGGGGAAGGGGGCAUCUUUGCAGAAAGGAUGUUUUGUAGGAAUUAUCGUCUUAUUGUUAAGUAUUUUCACAGAUGAACUGGCUAGAUAUACUCAGAUAUUACUAAGUAGUAAAUAUAUAGUAAUAUUUACCCCACGUAUCUUCAACGAGGGUGUAAUGUAAAUUUUAUUGGAAUAUGCCAGUGCUUUUAAAAUUGUCAUUUCGAGGCGCCUGUUUCAAAAUUUAGGUUUUCACCAGGCUCCAUGUGUUAAAUUCGAACAAGUACACUUUGAAAAACCAAAUGUAUAAAUAAAAUGAAGUAAAAUGAAGUUUUGAGUAAAAAUACAUAUAACAAGUAUGUAGGGUCCUAACUUUCCAUCUAGUAGUUUGAGGAUAAACACAGCAACUCAACUUGCCCCUCUUCAAAGAAUUUGAGUGUUGGCUACCAAAAAUUGAACCACAAAUCGUUUAAAAAAACCAAUGAAAGAAUUGUUCCUUAAAUAGUUACCUGUAAAAUGCUUUAUGGUAUGGUAUAUAGGCUGUAGGUAUAUUUUUUAGCUUUUGACUGGUGAAGUUUUUUUCUAUUGUGAUUCUUCCAUUUUACUAAUAUAAUAUUGUAAGAUAUGCAUACAGUUUUAUUUUUUAUUUACUGAACUGGAGCCUCUGGCUUUGCUAUAGGAUUAAAUCAUGUGGUCAAGAUUUGUUAUAAUUUGUAUUGUUGAAGUCAAUUGAGCUCUUGUGACCCCAAUCAAAUUACUCUUAAUAUCCACAGAGUCUUAUAUAUGAACUAAAUCAUAUAUUUUCAUUUCUCAUUCCUGUUUCUCAUGUAGCUUGAAUAUAUUUCUGGUAAGUAACAGCAUUUAUCAUGGUCUUUUACUUCGUUUCAGACCUAAAUCUCCUUGAUUGGUCUGUGGGCAACAUCCUGACUGUGGCACUUGGUUCUGCUGUAUUUCUGUGGAAUGCUGACAAUGGGACGAUAACUCAGCUGAUGGAGCUGGCUACUACUGAUGACUACGUAUCAUCUGUCUCCUGGGUCCCGGAGAGUGCUGUGUUGGCUGUGGGCCUAAGCACUGGAGUUGUGCAGGUGGGUGGACGGACAAAGCACUUGAUUUGUACAGGGGUGUGGAUUGAAAUAGCACAUUGGGGAGGGGGGGGGGGUUAAUUUGAAAUGGAGUUGUGCAGUGAGUGAUUGUACAGCCUAUUAAAGAGAAUAAACUAUCCUAUGUCAAAUGUUUUAAGGAAAUGAGCACAGCUGACUGUAUAUGCUUUGUACUUUGUCAUACUUGCUUAUUCAUAAUUCAGUCCCUUCAUUAAAAAAUCAUUUCUCUGGGUUAAAGCUAUGGAAGUUAAACAAUCAUGACAUUUUUUUUUUUAAAAGUGUUUACUUAUGUUUUCAGCUCUGGGAUACCGACCAGCAAAAGUUGAUUCGGUCCAUGCCAGGACAUGCAUCACGUGUUGGAAGCAUGUCAUGGAACAAACAUAUACUCUCUAGGUGAGAUUUAUCUUAGGUCAAAGUAAUAUAAAAAAAAACAUAGGUAUUAGACUCAGUGGCUACAACCAAAAGAAUUAAAAGUCUUAUUUUGUUUGUGAAAAAACAAUUAAGUUUUAAUAAACCAUUCAUAAGACAUUCUCUUAUAUAUUUUACUUUUGGUGUGUCCAGUGAUCCUUUACAAAACCGCCCUCCUCCUAACUCUACACGUUUUAUAUUAAUAGCACUGAUUAAAAAAAAAAUGUCAUGCAUGAUCUGAGAAUGCUGGUAAAAAUAUUCUUUUAAGGGGAGGCGACUAUUAUAUUAAUUAUUAAUCAAUAAAGAGCCACAGGUAUGGUGUAGGACUAUUGUUUAAAGGCCCACAGGUAGGGUGUAGGACUGUCUGUAGGCCUAUUUCUCAAAAUACCCAGACCCUGUGGUAAAAAACUGCAUCCGGUUGCCCUAGUAUUCGAUUAUUUCAGUGUCUAUUUAUACAUUUUUAUUAAUGAGCUCUUGGGACAUAAAAUGAGCUCUUGGUACAUACGUUAAGUACUCUAAAUUUAUCACAGAACCUAGUAUAGGUAAGUUAAGAACUGAACUAAAUAAGUAAGUUUAAGUACUGACCAGCAGUAUGUCAGAUUUACACAAUAAAUCACUUACAAUUUUAAACUUUAUAAAUGCAUGGUAUCUUUUUCAAUUCUGUCCAUGAAGUUAAUAUUCAAUUUUUUUUAGUGGAUCUCGUACCGGUGCUAUACACCACCAUGAUGUGCGAGUGGCAAACCACCAUGUUGCCACCCUGCAGAACCACACCCAAGAAGUUUGUGGACUCCGCUGGUCACCUGACGGCAGAUAUUUGGCCAGUGGUGGCAAUGACAAUUUGAUCAAUAUCUGGUCAAAUCAAAUGGCUUCUUCCCCACCUGUCUACACUUUGAGUGACCAUCAAGCAGCUGUAAAGGUAAAUCUAUUGAAAAAUAUUGCUUCUGCUUGUGACAUGUUAAUAAUUUUUGAUGUAACUCUUGUAUGUUUAAAAUAAAAGACCUCACACUCACUUCCUCAUAACAGAAACAUGCUCUUAUUUAAUAUUAAUAGGCAAUGGCUUGGUGUCCAUGGAAAUCGUACUUGCUGGCUACAGGUGGAGGAACAGCAGACAGAAACAUACGUUUGUGGAAUGUCCAGUCUGGUGCCAGUGUAGGCGCAUAUGAUACAGAAUCCCAGGUUUGUUUAGUUGGAUUGCCGUUGGAGAUCUUUUUUUUUUUUCUAGCUAGUAUAUUUAGAGCUGAAUUUUGGGUUUUAGCUCAAACAUAGGUUUUUAAGUACGGUAUAUUCUAAAGAGUUUAAAACAGGCGAUUCAUCAAACUGUUUUCAACUGCAGUUUAACGUUGAACAUCAUGACACCUGGUGGUGAAAACUUUCAGCUGAAAGAUGUUCUUAUGCUCACCUUACUUUGAUAUGCUUUAAACCUUUAUCAGCUUUACUGCAAUCCAAGAUUUGUUAAUGCUGUUAAGGUGGUAGAUAAUUUGUUCAUUUGUAGCAUAAUUAAAACAGGCAUGUAUUUGUAUUUAUAAUCAGUCAAUGAUUCCUCACUGAGAAAAAGUGAUGUGACAGUGCACUAAUGAUUAGUUUGAUUAUUGUUCACAUGGUUAGGUGUGUUCUAUUCUGUGGUCUCAAGAGCAUAAAGAACUGAUCUCAGGGCACGGUUACGCCCUCAACCACCUCAGGAUUUGGAAGUACCCCGCCAUGACCAAGGUGGUUGACCUGAUUGGUAAGGGAUGGUUUUGUCAUUUUAUCAUACUGCUUGAUUACUGAAAAUUCAUGUUACAAAUGUUGACUUCAUUUGUUGGUCAAAUAGAAAAGUCUUAAGUUGCAGAUGUAUGGGGAGUUAAUAUUGUCAAUCAAUAAAGCUCCGAACCAAAAUAAACUUACUGAUGCAAUUUUAGCAUCCUUGGAUAUGCCAGAAAUAGUACUUGCCCAGUGUUAAAAAUCUCUAUUAUCUUGAUCCAUGAAAUGAAUACAGAUAUUUCAUCUUGUUUUUAAUUUAUAUUAGACUUCAUUCCAUAGUUUUAAAAAGUCUAUUUGGUUUAUAAUUCAAUUUCAGUUUUCUUACAUUUUAGGCCACAGAUCACGUGUCCUGUGCAUGGCCAUGUCACCAGAUGGCAGCACCAUUGCCAGUGCGGCUGCAGAUGAGACUAUCAGGCUGUGGAAAUGUUUCGCAGUAGAGAAGCAGCAGGCCAAGAAAGCUGAAGUCAAACCUGACAAGAAGCUGACCUCUGGACUCAAUAUGUGCAUAAGAUAACAGUCAACACUGCAUGAUAUUUAACUCGGCUGUAUCACAUCUCUACAAAGUUUGCUUUGUGAUUAUGCUCCAUAUGACCAUAGAUGAAGAUGGAGUAUCAUUUCUCAGGAAAAUUCCCAACAUACAAUUUUAUAUGUUCAUUUUUUGUAAUAUUUCCAAUAUACUUAAUGAUUUUUAUGUUUCAUAAUUCAACCACAGAUUUUUAUAAAUUAUUUUCAUUCUCAGUAUGUGCAAUUUUCAGUCUAAACCCUCUCGAAGUGGCUGAUCAUACUUAUUUCAAUCUUAGUCAUUGUCUUUAAAGUUAAUAACAUUUUACAGUACUGUAGAUCAGAUCUUCACACAUUAUCAGUGUGUGAGUUUCAACAGUCAGUUGUAAUAUGAAAGCAACCUUCAAACGUAGUGGCUGAACAUUUUUUAAAAAAAUCUCUUUUCAUACUUCAUUAAUUAAUUUCUUUUUUUUUUUUACAAUAAUAAACACUAG